GAUUCUUCAUCUGCCAGUUGCCCUUUCAGCCCAACCCCCCCCCCAAACAAACCCGGCUUUUGCCAUCAUUGCAGGUUCUGCGUCUUGUUUAACCUCGGGCAGCAUGCACCUUUCUGCCCGGGCAGCCGGGUCCGCUGUGGCCUUGCUAGUCUGCCUUGGGCGCCUCGUCGACGCUGCAGGCGUGCUGGAGUUCGACUUGGUGUUUCCACGCAUGAACGAGACAUAUGCGCCCACGGACUCAUUUCCUGUCAUCUUUGCUUUGCAGAAUGCACAGCUCGCGCAGUACCUGACUCCUUCGUUCAAUUACUAUAUUUCGCACCUGGCCUCGCCUGAACCUGAGCUGGGCAACCCGUACGACGGCGUAGUCCACGGGAGACACAACCUCACGUACCUGAGGUGGACAACGAACUGGACAAGCCUGAACGAGCCGUAUUUUGUAUACACUUACUUCAACAACUUUACGACCCAAGGGCGGUGGCGGAUGUUAUGGUCGGCGACGUGGUAUAGUUGCAACGUGGACGCCUUGGGCAAACCGGGGACUGAUGAUUAUUACAACAUCCCCGUCAUCUUCAACACAUCUGAAAAAGGGGGAAGGUCGUUCGAAUUUACCAUUGCAGAUGGCGGGCAGGCGUUUGAUCUUGUCGCUGCCACAGCCAACAACGCUACCUGCCUCUCCAAGGAAUAUGGAGUAGCCAUCAACGUCACGGACCGGAUGAUGGACAUUCCAGACAUAACCACUCCGGACUGGCACGGCGGUGAUUCGUGCAUAGUGUUGGAAUCCUCUCUCCCAAUGCCGACGCCAACCCCUUGCCGGGUUGCCAUCGACUCGGCGGUUGCCGCAAGCAUGUCUGCCGCUAAGCUGUGCCACAGGCAGAACCCACCGGAUGGCUGCCCGUCAGAGAAUGUAGGGCAGCGGCUAGCCGUUGCGGGCAUGGCUUGCUUAGCAACUGUGCUGGGAUCGCUCAGUUUCUUCUUGGUGAUCUAGACACACCCUACGGGGAGUCAAAUCAUUCAAUCGUCUCAGCAAAGAACAAUAUCAGUGCACUGUUU